CAGCUCUCCCACCGAUCGCGCCUUCCAAAAAUCAUUGAAAAUAGAAAUCAGACAUCAUGACGAGCACAAUCGGUAUCCCGAUCAAGCUGCUGAACGAGGCGCAGGGACAUGUCGUUACUCUCGAAAUUACGUCGGGGCAGGUGUAUCGUGGCAAGCUACUCGAUGCUGAAGAUAACAUGAACGUCCAACUCAAAGAUAUCACCGUCACGGCGCGCGAUGGACGAGUCAGCCAUUUGGAUCAGGUUUAUAUUCGAGGCUCGCACGUUAGGUUCUUUAUUGUGCCGGAUAUGUUGAGGUACGGACCAGUUCUCCUCUUCCUUAUUACAGAUACAGCGGUAUUUGGAAGGAACAGAUAGCUAACAGGAUACAUAGAAAUGCCCCCAUGUUCAGAAGUAGAGGCGUAAAGGGU